AUGCCGAGCAAAGAAGCUAUUCAAAAACUGAUUGCAGCGCGCGGGGCAGGUAUCCGGGCAGCAUCCGAGAAGCGGGAUGUGGAUGAUUUGAUGUCGUGGUACUCGAAAGACGCUGUUUUCACGAACGUCUUCAACAACUACACUCUCGAAGGCAUCGAUGCGGUGCGCGGCAUGUAUGCACACGUCUACAAAGCUAUCCCGUCGUUCAAAAUCAGCGACGGAGGGGCUACGGGGUUCACGCCGGAAUUUGUGGCUGCCGAGAUGACAUGUGAGGGCACCGCCGCGGUGGAUCUUCCGCAAAUGGGAUGGAAGGCGGGCGAGACCAUGAUCAUGACGGGUGUGUCGUUGUUUUGGUUUCGAUGGGAGGGAGAAGGCGACGAGUGGGACGGUAGUCUCUCCGAUGAAGACGUGCAUGGCUGGAAGAUCAUUCGAGAGCGCGCGUACUUUCAGUUCACCAAGCAGGCUUCGGAAUAG